GGCUUCCGCUUUGGGCGGUGCUGCUGGUGUCCGCCGCGGCGUCCCGCGUGGAAGAUGGCUGCCGCCGGAGACCCUGGCGGUCCUGAAAGCUACCGUUCUCCGCUGGCGUCCCGCUACGCCAGCCCCGAGAUGUGCUUCCUGUUCAGCGACAGGUACAAGUUCCAGACGUGGCGGCAGCUGUGGCUCUGGCUGGCGGAAGCUGAGCAGACCCUGGGUUUGCCUAUCACAGAUGAACAGAUCCAGGAGAUGAAGUCAAACCUGACCAACAUCGACUUCCAGAUGGCGGCCGAGGAAGAGAAGCGCCUGCGGCACGACGUGAUGGCUCACGUGCACACGUUCGGCCGCUGCUGUCCGAAAGCUGCGGGCAUCGUUCACCUCGGGGCCACCUCCUGCUACGUCGGGGACAACACGGACCUGAUUAUUCUAAGAAAUGCAUUUGACCUGCUUUUACCUAAGCUUGCUAGAGUGAUCUCGAGGCUUGCUGACUUUGCUAAGGAACGUGCUGAUCUGCCCACCUUAGGUUUCACACAUUUCCAGCCUGCUCAGCUGACCACGGUUGGGAAACGCUGCUGCCUUUGGAUUCAGGAUCUCUGCGUGGACCUCCAGAACUUGAAGCGUGUCCGUGAUGAGCUCCGCUUCCGGGGAGUGAAGGGCACCACUGGCACUCAGGCCAGCUUCCUGCAGCUCUUUGAGGGGGAUCACCAGAAGGUGGAGCAGCUGGACAAGAUGGUGACAGAAAAGGCGGGGUUUAAGAGAGCUUUCAUCAUCACAGGACAGACCUAUACACGGAAAGUGGACAUUGAAGUGCUGUCAGUGCUGGCCAGCUUAGGGGCGUCCAUACACAAGAUUUGCACUGACAUACGCCUCCUGGCGAACCUGAAGGAGAUGGAGGAGCCCUUUGAGACACAGCAGAUUGGCUCCAGUGCCAUGCCGUACAAGCGGAACCCCAUGCGCUCUGAACGUUGCUGCAGCCUGGCCCGCCACCUGAUGGCCCUUGUCAUGGAUCCACUGCAGACAGCUUCGGUGCAGUGGUUUGAACGCACACUGGAUGACAGUGCCAACCGACGCAUCUGUUUGGCUGAAGCAUUUCUCACUGCAGAUACUGUAUUAAAUACCCUGCAGAACAUUUCUGAAGGAUUGGUGGUGUACCCCAAAGUAAUUGAACGGCGCAUUCGGCAAGAGCUGCCUUUCAUGGCCACAGAGAACAUCAUCAUGGCAAUGGUCAAAGCUGGGGGCAGCCGACAGGAUUGUCAUGAGAAGAUCAGAGUGCUUUCCCAGCAGGCAGCUGCCGUGGUUAAGCAGGAAGGGGGUGACAAUGACCUCAUAGAGCGCAUCCGGGCAGACGCCUACUUCAGCCCCAUCCACUCACAGUUGGAGCAUCUGUUGGACCCCUCUUCUUUCACUGGCCGGGCGCCCCAGCAGGUCCACAGAUUCCUAGAAGAGGAGGUGUAUCCCCUCCUAAAACCCUAUGGCAGUGUGAUGGAGGUGAAAGCAGAGCUAAGUCUGUAGAGCAGACGGGAAGUGAGAAAUCACUGAGAGGUUGCUAAUUAUACUGUUGAGAAAUUAGUUCUGCAGUGCCUCAAGGAUGUACAUUGAGAGCAGGACAAUGGUGGUCCACACUUUGGAUCCCAGCACUCAGGAAGCAGAGGCAGAUGGAUCUCUGUGAGUUCAAGGCUAGCCUGGUCUACACAGAGAAAACCUUGUCUCAAAAACAACAACAACAAAAAUACAUUAAAUUUUGUUGCCUAGAGUUCAUGAUAGAGAGACUUAUAUUCUUGUUUGUCUUCUGUUUUUGAGACAGAGUCUCACUAUGUAUCCCUGGCUGGCCUGGAACUCACAGAGAUCCACCUGUCUCUGUCUCCCAAGUAGUGGGAUUAAAGGUGUGCACCACCAUGCCUGGCUGUUUUCUUCAUUCUUUACAGCAACAUAAUCCAGCAGAAUAAUGUAGCUCAUCCUUGCAUGCUUUCCAGUUGCCUCAAGUCCGCAGAGUUUCCUGACUUAGAGUGAGACUGUGUCCCUAUAAACCUUUAUAAGUUAAAAAAUGAGUUCAGUUCACCUAUCAAACAUUGUUACAUGUUCAUAACACUGACAGUAGCAUUGGAUCUGAGAAGAUUGCCUACCAGAAACCCUUUAGUAAUGCAGUCAAAUGUCUAGUGUAGUUUACAGUAGAGUCCUAUGCAGACUUUGCCACACACUCAACUAGACUUUUCUGUAGUCCUGGAUUGUAAAGUAGUAAGAAAUUCCUGGUCCCCGUGAAAAAUGGGUUGAAGUUGAAAGAUCACCUGGAUCCAGUGAUUCAGAAUCAUCAGACCUUGAUUAAGGUUCUUUUUGCCUAGAUUAAGUACUGAAGUUUGUAGCUAAAGAGCAAAAAAGAGUGAGUGUUGUUGGGUCCCUUUAGCUCAGGUUGUGGCUAUUUCAUCUUUUGGAGAGGCUUGCUUAUCAGGGAAAUGCUCACUGGGUAAAUAGAUUACAUCAUGGCAUCUGCCAGUCUUUGAUCUUUGUUAAGUAGAUUGGUAUUGGGUUAGCCAAGCUCGUCAAAGGUUGAGUUAUGAAUUGCCCAGCUGGAAGGGGAACACUGGAUGUAGCCUUGCCUCGGGCUGCAUCUUUUGGUAUAGAUGAAAACAAAGGGCUGGAAAGUUGGCCCAGCUAGUCAGCCUGCUUUACACAGUGAGUGUCAGGCCAGGCCAGGCUACAUAGAGAAACCCUGCCUACAAGACAGACAUGAAGAUUUUAUUCAUCAGACUUUUAAUGGACAGAAACUAGGUGAAUUAACCAGCUUGGUAAUAACUGAUAUUUCAUCUAGCAAGGUAAAUGUAAACAAGUCGACCUUAAACUCAGUAAGAACCAGAACUAAGUUUUGGGAUACAUUGUGGUAAUGGUGUCCAGAAAGGUCACCAGAUACUAAUCCAGACUCCGUGUUAUGUUCAGUCUUGGAUAUGUCCAAAGAGAAACGUUCCGCCUCUACAGACCCCAGCAUCCUGGGAGGAGUGCUGGAGUUCUGGAUUUAGUGUAGGUGGGCAUCUCCAGGCCUUUUUAUAGCCUUGAAAUCGUGAGUUUGUGCCUCAGCCUCUAGGGCGUGGGGAUGGCAGGCGCACACACGCACACGCACACGCUCAUCAGCACUUUAAAUACUAUUAGUAGAAGGAUGGUAUCGUGGUCUGUUGUCCAGCAAAAACAACUGAGGUCCGUAUUUCUUGUCACCUAUCUGAGGUGGCCCACAACCCCGGCAACUGUCCAGGAAGGAGCUGGAAGACAACCUUGUCAGGAGUGUUUGAAGGAGGGAAGUCUGGGCCACUCCAUCGGUGCUCACAAGUAUCCAGAAUCUGGAUUGCUGACUCAGCCUUGUUAGCCCAGCCCCUGGGAGGCUGAGGCAGGAGGAUUGCCAUGGGACAGUUCCAGGCCAUAUAAUGUACAGAUUGAGACAGUGGUUUUAAAAAAAUGGAGCCAGAAAUUGGUUGGGGUAACUCAGUGUCCAUGUUAGCUUCGUAUGCACAGGGCCCUGGACUUGGUCCCCUGCAACAAAAGCCAGAAGUGAAGAGCAUCUAUUGGGAAGGAAAGGACAGCUUCAAACCAACCGACGUCUCCAUACAGCUCAGGAGCAACAGGCAUGAGCCACAGUCAUGCUCUGCUCUCCCAGGAAAAUGCAUUUGUUUGUGUGCUGGGUGUGGGGCUGUGUACGUGUGUCAGGUCAGCGAGUGACACUGGGCAUCUUUCUCUCUCUCCACCUUGUUUUUGAGACAGGGUCUUAAUGAACCCAACACCUACGUUUCCACUAGAUUGACUAUCUAGCUAGUCCCCAGGAUCUGCCCGUGUCUGUCUCCCCUGGUCCUGGCAUUCCCGGGUACACACUGCUGUGCCUGGCUUUUUUGUGAGUGCCGAGGGUCCAAAUUCAGGUCCUCAUGCUUGCAUAGUGUGGGAGUGUCUGCAAGCAUCAUGGCCAGCAGAGUGACGUUCUGUGAGAGGCAAGAAGGAAAUCCGGUUCAAACUUCACGAGUCUUGACACUGGGCAAUUUAUUUUAGGCAUAUUUAAGUACAGCACAAUUUGGAAAAGUUUCCUGGUGAUAACUCAGUCCCGUGUGCACAAUAAAGCUUAAAGCAUGGCUACAUCAAAACUCUGUAAAG